CUCCGAGGGAAGAGGCUCCUGAGAAGAGGCCGUGCCUCCGUUUACCCCGCCGCUUUGCCAGCGAGCGCGCCCGUCGCAGCGAACUCCCAGCAGCGCCCCGGAAAGGCCGUUCCGCCCUCGCGAGGGAAGCAGAGACGUUGACCAUGGUUGCAACUGGCAGUUUGAGCAGUAAGAACCCGGCCUGCAUUUCAGAGUUGCUAGACCAUGACUUCCACCCGGGGAGCCUGCUAAAUGACUUCGACUACUGGGAUUAUGUUGUUCCUGAACCCAACCUCAAUGAGGUGAUGUUUGAGGAGACAACUUGCCAGAGUUUGGCGAAAAUGCUGGAGAACUGUCUGUCCAAAUCAAAGCAAACCAAACUUGGUUGCUCAAAAGUCCUCGUCCCUGAGAAACUGACCCAGAGGAUUGCUCAGGAUGUCCUGCGGCUGUCCUCCACGGAGCCCUGCGGCCUUCGAGGUUGCGUUAUGCACGUGAACUUGGAAAUUGAAAACGUAUGUAAAAAGCUGGAUAAGAUUGUGUGUGAUUCAAGCGUGGUGCCCACUUUUGAGCUCACCCUUGUGUUUAAGCAGGAGAAUGGCUCCUGGACUAGCUUCAGGGACUUUUUCUUCAGCCGAGGUCGCUUCUCAUCUGGCCUCAGGCGAACUCUGAUCCUGAGUUCAGGAUUCCGACUUGUGAAGAAAAAGCUUUAUUCCUUGAUUGGAACCACAGUCAUUGAAGAGUGCUGAAAAGGAAAGAUUUUAAAGGUCCUUUUUAUGAUUGGGUCAUAAAACUGCACAGUUGCCCCGUGAGAGUCAUUUUAGUCACCCUGCCUGCUCUCAACGAGAAACCCCAAAUUGAGUCAUCUCCCUUCCAGGCUUCACAUUUACAGCAACCCAACUAAAAGGCUGAGUUCAUGGCUUUUGAGAAAGGACCUGAAAAAGUGUACUUUUAUUUUUUUUGCCUGUAUUACAUGUUUUUACAAAAUGGCAUGGAAUAAAAGAAGCAGUCCACCUUAGUUUUAUAUUUGACCUCGCUUUUUCCAGGUUGUCUUGCUAAAUAGACUAUACACCAGAUGUGCCUAAUUAGAUUUUCAUACGGCUUUUUUUUUUUCUGUAUGUUUUCGGAGUAAUCCUUUCAAUCACAGAAACAUCAUGAUGCUUAGCUCCUCAAAACUUCCAGAACCCCGCACCAUUUUCCUGCCCCUACUCAGAUAUGAAGCGUUCUUAGACUGGAGGGUAGAAUGUAGUGGGUGAAUGUAAUUAAAACUUCACCCCAUGCAAGAGUGAAUAGGAAAUGUCACAGCAAGAACAAAGCUACUUCACUGUUUAAUUGCAUCCUCUCUAUGCUUCUGUU